AUGAGGAAUCUUCUCGAUACCCAAUCCCCUACCCUCCCUCUUACACCUGGAAGUGAGACAGCUAUUAAGAAUCCUACAAUCACUAUUCAAAAGGAUAUUGAGGAUUCAUCACAAUCUUUAGAUGACACUAUUGACGAUAUCUCUCAAGAUAUUGACUCUACUGUAAAUCCACCAACCACUGGACUCGUUGCAGAUAAAAACCUUAACGUGACGAAGAUCACCGAGGAACACUUCACCAAACUCAAAGAAUUACUCAAGGUCAACCGACUAUUUGGAAAUCCAACACUUAACUCUUCAAGAUGCGAGGUAUAUCCACAAAAGUCAAUGGGAUACCCUGCAGUCAAACCACAACACUUGGUAUUCAUGACUCACCAUGGAAGACCGCAAGCAAGAAUGAUAUCAAAUGAUACAGCCCGUGAUAAUUUAUGCAUUUCCAAUGUCGAUGAUAAAGAGGAGAAAGAGAACGAGGAACAGGAACUGGUGCAAGAUACAGAUGAGAUCGAGGAAGAUGAAAUUGAAGAUGAAGAGGAACUGGUGCAGGAUGAAGAUGAAGAUGAAGAUGAUGAAGAAAUUGAAGUUGACAAUCAACAAUCAAUUAAAAGAAAAAAAGCCCAACCAUCCAAUCAACAGACAAGAUUGAAAAAGGUAAAGCAUUCUAAGUGUGAGGAAAUGGAGGCUACCGAUUUGGAUGCUGAUUCUUGCACAACAAUUAAUGUGACAAUGCAUUCUCAAAAUGUAUUUGUUCUCUCUAACAAGGACCACUUUAUUGGUAUCAUUGAUCGUUUACUCGUCUCUCAAGUUCCAUCAAAAUCAAUUAAAAUUUAA